UUCGGUCAUGAGUUAUUGAAUUCCUUUGACGUUUCGUGGUUGAAACUGGAAAGAUUUACUGGAAGCACGCAGCCUUCACAGAGGAAGUCAUUCAAUAUUUGUGAUGACCGUGUAAACUGUUGCCAGGCAUGGAAAGGCAUCAGCACUGGACGUGUCUUCUGGUGUUGUUUUGGGUCUCUUUGAUAUGCCCCAUCUUUGGCCACCCUCCUACCUUGCCCUACCUCCUGACCCAUCUCCCAUUUUUCACCGUAUGGAACGCACCUACUGAACGCUGUGCAUCUCGAUUCGGGGUCGGCCUGGACUUGAGCGUCUUUGACAUUGUCCACAACCGUGACCAGGUCUUCAUGGGCGACAACAUCACCAUUUUCUACUCUGAUAAGUUGGGACAGUAUCCAUUCUACGAUUUUCACAAUGAACCAGUUUAUGGUGGCAUUCCUCAGAAUGCCAGCCUAAACCAGCACCUCUGGAAGGCCGGCAAUGACUUGCAGUUGUACAUCCCUGAUCGUGAUUUUCACGGACUCGCCAUCAUCGACUGGGAGAAGUGGCGGCCACUUUGGGAACGUAACUGGGACACUAAGGAAAUGUACUGGCAGGGUUCAAGAGCAUUAGUUAUGGCCAAACACCCUACCUGGAAUCCAAAUCAAAUAGAAGCAGAAGCUGUUAAGGAAUUCGAGGAAGCUUCACGGGCGUUCAUGGAAGAGACAUUAAAACUGGGCCUCACAGAGCGCUCUGGAGGAUUAUGGGGGUUUUAUGGUUUACCCUGCUGCUACAAUUAUCAGUACAAGAAGAAUAAAACUUAUACAGGUGAGUGUCCACCUCUGGAAAUGAAGAGGAAUGAUAAACUUGCUUGGCUUUGGAAUGUCAGCACGGCCCUGUACCCUGAUAUCUAUCUAGAGUUGGGGCUCAGGGGUCGCGAUCGUGAUAUUUUGCUGUACAGCCGUCAUCGUGUCCUGGAAGCCAUUAGGGUGAGAGAACAGACCACCCACAGACCGCCAUCUGUGUUUCCUUAUGCCCGGAUUGCCUACACCUACUCUAUGGAGUUUCUGUCACAGGAAGACUUGGUUCACACUAUUGGUGAAAGUGUAGCGCUAGGAGUUGGAGGUGUUGUACUGUGGGGAGAUGGAAACUACUCACAAACGAAGAAAGCCUGUGAAGCAGUGCGAGAUUACCUGGAUGACACACUUGGUCGCUACAUUGUGAACGUGACAGAAGCGGCAUUUCUCUGCAGCCAGACCAUGUGCUCGUCCCAGGGGCGAUGUGUCAGGCGGAACCUGAGCAUGGCGACAUACCUGCAUCUCGACCCGGCCGUAUGGUCCAUCGUUCACAGAACCAAGCUGCCUGGCCCUGUAACUGAGGGUCCAUCUUUUGUAGCUUACAGAAGGUUUAGGACGGUUGUGGAGGACACAAGACUUUUUUCAGAUGAUUUUAAGUGUCAGUGUUUUCCAGGCUGGGGAGGUAAACAAUGCCAGAAACCAGUUCCUGAGUCAUUUACAUAACAGAACUUUCAGGAGACCUGAUGACUGGAGUGAUUGAAGAUCGGGGCGGGUAAACAGAAGGUUUGUUGGGUUCAAACCGCCAAGGAAGGAUCCAUUGUGGGUUCACCAGGGCAAUGUUCUCUUUAACAAGUGUACUGGGAGUCACUUUGGAUAAAAGUACCUUCUAAAUGACUACUUGCUUGCUUAAUAAACUUUAUAACAUCU